CGCAUCACAAGGUCACCCUAUCUCACCGCUUGCUCCUCUGCAUUGGCAGGAGAGGGUUGCUGGGUUUGCACAAGGCUGGGGCGGGAGCGGGAGGGAGGGGGGGAAGAGAUCUGGAUUUUUUUCCCCCCUCCCUUAAGCAAAGCCACAAUGGAAACCAGGAAGGAGAUGGUGAUGUUUCUGGAAGGGACACAACUUGGCGCUCUAGUUGGCAAGAGGGUGCCUAAUUUGUCCGAAGCAGUGGGGAGCCCCGCUCCGGAGCCGCAGGAGAAGAUGAUCCAUCGGAACUGCCUCAGCCCCAGACCUGGCCCCUUGUCGUCCCGGGAGAGAGGAGGAGGAGGAGGUGGCGGAGGAGAAGACGAAGAGGAGGUGGAGGUGCUGCCAGGGACAGGGACGGUGCCGGUUUUUUUUCCGGAGAGCCGCUCGGCGGGGGCAGCACUGCUUUCGGCCGGACAGCAGCCCCCCGCCCCGGAGCCCCUCUCCAGCAAAGGGCAGCAGAGCAGCUCGGACACCGAGUCGGAUUUCUAUGAGGAAAUCGAGGUGAGCUGCACCCCGGACUGCGCCACGGGGAGCGCCGAGUACCAGCACAGCAAAGGUACCCAACUCCUUCCCAUGCCUCCAGCUCCCCGCCCGCUCCGGGGCUGGGUCCCCCUGCCAGCUGAGCGAGGGGCAGCGAAGUCGGGGUGUGUGUGGGGGCAUCUCCUUUCCUGGCUGACUCCUCAGCUCCCUGCCACCGGGAGGCUUGUUUGGGAGUCAGAGGACACGACACCGGGCAGCCCCCGUCGGGGCGGCGGGGCGUGACGGCUCUCGCCUCCCCUCUCCCCGCAGGUUUGGUUCCAGAACCGCAGGAUGAAGGACAAGCGGCAGCGCCUGGCCAUGACCUGGCCACACCCGGCCGACCCGGCGUUUUAUACCUACAUGAUGAGCCACGCGGCGGCCACCGGCAAUUUGCCCUACCCGUUCCCGUCCCACCUGCCCCUGCCCUACUACUCCCACAUGGGCAUCGGAGCCACAUCGGCCUCUGCCGCCACUCCCUUCAGUACCCCCCUGAGGCCGCUGGACACCUUCAGGGUCCUCUCCCACCCCUACCCGAGACCAGAACUGCUGUGCGCCUUCAGGCAUCCCUCUCUCUACCCUGCCCCAACUCAUGGACUCAGCAGCGCCGGGGGCAACCCCUGCUCCUGCCUGGCUUGCCACAGCGGUCAGUCCAACGGGCUGGCGCAGAGACCCUCCGGAUCAGACUUUACCUGUUCGGCCACAACCAGGACUGACUCUUUCCUCACUUUCACGCCCUCUGUGCUGAGCAAAGCCACCUCAGUUUCCAUGGACCAGCGAGAAGAAGUACCUUUAACGAGAUAA